GGGGCUCAGGGGCGGAGCCCGAGCCGGAGUCCAGAGACCAGCGCUGCGCGCGGUGCAGAAGCAGCCCUUCGCGGGCUCGGGCACCGCGGGUCCUGAGCUCGGCUUCGCGGGCCGCGAUGAGCUAUGAGUGCCCAGGGCUCCUGCCCGCCCGCCGCCCCGCGAGGGCGCCCCGACCGCCCGGAGCCCGCGCGGAACAAAACUGCCCUCGCCCUGUGGUACAACGAGGGCUCUGAGAACGCCUAUGACGUCCGACUGAGGCUGACGAGGGAGACGCUGACCAUUCAGCAGCAAGACGUGGUCUGCGUGGGUGGAGCUCAUCCUGACGCCAAUCACAGAACUGUGACACUCCGCAGACAGCCCGUGGGUGGCCUGGGCCUCAGCAUAAAGGGAGGUGCUGAGCACUGUGUUCCUGUUGUCAUUUCAAAAAUAUUCAAAGACCGAGCAGCUGACCGCUCAGGGAUGUUGUUCGUAGGAGACGCUGUCCUGCAGGUUAACGGCAUUCACGUGGAACACGCAACCCACGAGGAAGUGGUACAUCUCCUGAGAAAUGCUGGGGACGAAGUCACUAUCACUGUGGAGUACCUUAGGGGGGCGCCGGCGUUUCUAAGGCUCCCACUAGGGUCCCCAGCACCAUCCAGCAGCCACAGCAGCAGGGCGUCUUCACCCCUGUUUGAUAGCGGCCUGCAUCUGAACGGACACUGCAGCCACGCAGCGCCGUCCUUGCCAUCCUCUCCCACAGUGGAUGAACCAAAGUACGAGAAGCACUGGGUGGACACCCUGUCCGUUCCCCUCUCCAUGGCUCGGAUCUCCAGGUACAAAGCCGGCAUGGGAAGCCUCAGGUCCAACGCCUUCGAGGUGCUGGCGCUGGGUGGGGUGCGCUCUGGGAUCCUCCAGUUCUCCACAGCCCAGGACUGUGGCGAUUGGCUCCGUGCGGUCUCCACCAACAUCGGCCUCCUCAUGCUGCAGAGUAUGAAGAUGGCAAAUAAAUGCUGCUCUCCUGGCGACCAGGUGGUGCACAUGGGCUGGGUAAACGAGAGACUGCAGGGACCUGACGCCCUCCAGGCCCUCAGAUCCAAGUUCCUGGCCCUGAAGGGCUCUUCCGUGUACGUCUUCAGCUCUCCUCCGGUGAGCACAGCAGACUGGCUGCAGGCGGAGAGCGUCUAUAACCUCUGUGAGGUGCUAUUUAAAGUUCACAAGUUCUGGGUGAUGGAUGACUACUGGCUGCAGGCCAAUCUCUAUCUUGGGCUUCGGGACUUUGACCUGGAGGACCAGAGGCCACACUGCUUCAGCCUCCUGGCUGGCCAGGGGAGGAGCCAUAUCUUCACGGUAGAGCUGGGUGCAGAGCUGGCCAUGUGGGAGAAGGCGUUCCAGAGAGCGACGUUCUUAGAGGUGCAGAGGACCGGGUCGAAAACAUACAUGUGCAGCUGGCAGGGGGAAGAGCUGGGCUUCACUGUGGACUUUGCUCUGGGAUUCACCUGCUUCGACAGCAAGACGAAGAAGGUGCUCUGGAGAUUUAAAUUCUCCCAGCUGAAGGGGUCUUCAGAUGACGGGAACACUCGAGCAAAGCUGCUAUUUCAGAACCCAGACACCAAGCAGAUCGAGAUGAAGGAGCUGGAGUUCCAGGACCUGCCUGCUGUGCUGCACUGUGUCCAUGCCUUCAUGGCCUCCAAAGUGGCCUCCCUGGACCCCGCGUUUCUGGACAGCCACAGCCUCACUGGAAGAUACUUGCACAGCAGCUAGAGUGGCUUCUGCUGAGCACUGAAGAUUAAAAUUAUUUUCUUAAGAUAUGAACCUUUCUGCACCUCUGUGUGAUUUUUAUAACGAGCCCAGAGUUGUGAGACCAAUAAAACACAUUGCUAGUUUGCAA